AUGGACAAUGACCGCCGGCCACGGCAUACUCCCUCAGGUUACGCGAGCCAGCAAGGCACGCUCCUUCCACCACAGGCGUCGUAUCCAGUGGUAAGCGCACCCGAUCGCUUCAGGCAGCCGCCCUUGACAGCUCCUGCCCCACCUACCUCCGUCCCCUCUUCCGGAAGUCGCGCCAGCUCUCAGGGUUACGGUUACGCUUACGGUGAAGGUGCACAGUUUGGCUCAUCGAUUCAAGCAUCCCCCGUAGCCUAUGCCACCCAGGACUAUGCCGCCGAACAGCAACAACAGGCUCAGCGUGCACCCCAGCAGUACUCGCCCUACGGCCAGAACAUAAUGUACAGCGUGCCCGGCGCCCAGGCUUCGGCGCAAGCCUCGUCGCAGUAUGAGCCUGUGGAACAGUACCAGCAGAAUAGGGACUCGGCUAUACAGGUCCUGAGCACCGGCUUUGGCGUGGCACAACCGCAGUACUAUGAGAGUGGGCCCACGAGCGCACCUGCCUCUGCCAUCGCGGCGCAAAACGUUCCUUCUCAGUAUCCUUCGUUAGGUUAUUCAGCACCGCAAGCCCAGGUCGGCCGAGAAGCACUUGCGCCCGCCUACUCUGCCGCUGGCAUGACGGACCCCCAUCAGGCGCCCUCUCAAGGGGCCUACUCCCAGGGCAACUACAGCGAGCCCCAGCCAAACAGUGGCAAUGAGUACGACGACUUCUACAGAAACUACCAGAACGAGCUCAAGAAGACAUUUGAGCAUGUACGUGACGGCCGCCUUAGCGAAGCCGGAACACUGCUCUUUAGAAUGUCCGACUGGCUAUUGCACUGGGCUGAGACGCUGGCAGGCCUAGUACGCGACGACGAAACCUACUACCAGCAGCGUCUGCAGUUGUGGGAAGAAUUCAACACCUGCUGGCUCACUACACUGCAAAAGCAGAAGACCAUGACGCAGGAAAUGACCACAACGGGCCAGCGACCACAACCGCCAAAAUCGCUGAUCGACUAUGAGUUUCUUGAGAAGAUGGGCACCCAACUCGUCAAGAAUUGCGACGCCAUGGAGAAGCACGGUCUUGUCGACUACCAAAUGGGUGUAUGGGAAGAGGAAAUCGUAGCGAUGUUGACUUCCUGCAUGGACCUCCUCGAAGAAGUCGGCGCUGGUCCCUCAGUACAACGACCUACGUCUACCGCGCGCCGGCGGUGA